AUUGCGGUUGUGGUGCCGCUGGAGAGCGAGAGCGCGAGCGCGAGCCACUCGUUCGCGAGCUUCACUGUUCACUCCCAGCACGAAUCCGUCGUCCAAUCCACGCCGCAGCUGCUGCGCUGGCCAUGCCUGGAGCCGUUGCGCCCGCGCCCACGCUCGCGCCGACGAGGAGCUCCGCCUACACGUCCGCCGCCGCGGCCUCCACGCUGUCUCCGAACCCGACAAGCCGAGGCGACCCGCUUACUCUCAGUUCGUGCCGCAACGCUCCUGCUAGUGCUACUCCACUUGUCCCACUUGCGGCCACCCGUCGUCACGUGCGCGGCUUCCGCGGCGCGCCUCUAGUCGCCAGUCCCAGUCCCCACCACGCUCGAAACCCUCGCCUCCGAUUCGCGUCUGCGGCGGCGGCGGAGGGGAUGGCUGCGGAGGCCAGCACGGCGGAUGCGGCGGCGGCAGCCGAGGCGAAGCCCUUCGCCGUCCUCUUCGUGUGCCUUGGGAACAUUUGCCGGAGUCCUGCAGCUGAAGCUGUGUUCCGGACCCUUGUAAGCAAGCGUGGGCUUGACUCCAAGUUUCUCAUAGACUCUGCUGGUACCAUCGGGUAUCAUGAGGGUAAUAAGGCAGACUCAAGGAUGAGAGCAGCUUCAAAGAAGCGGGGGAUUGAGGUCACCUCAAUAUCCAGGCCUAUCAGACCCUCAGACUUUCGUGAUUUUGAUCUUAUCCUUGCAAUGGACAGGCAGAACUAUGAAGACAUAUUGAACUCGUUUGAGAGAUGGAGACGUAAGGAGCCCCUCCCUGAGAAUGCACCCGAUAAGGUUAAGCUGAUGUGCUCCUACUGCAAACGACAUACUGAGUCUGAAGUCCCAGAUCCUUAUUAUGGAGGCCCUCAGGGAUUUGAAAAGGUGUUGGAUAUAUUGGAAGAUGCUUGCGAGUCACUGCUCGAUAGUAUCGUUGCAAGCAUUUCUGGGUGACCUUGAUGUAAUUCUCUACAUUCAGACAUCUUUUUUCAGACGCACCGAAGGCUGUAGCAUCCAUGCAUAACUUAAGUCAUUUGGUUUGGUUGCAACAUUGAUCGAGUAUUCAUGUACCUAGUUCUUGGUUUGGUUUGUAUAUACCACCAUCCUUAUACCUGGUCAUGUGAUAAGUGACACACAAAAACAUUGCUCAUCAUCAUUGUUUUCCAGCAAGAUAAUCAGAAACAAUCAGAGUGACCAACAAAGCAUGCUUAUGCCCAUUUGAAA